UAGUUUUUGUCGCGCCUGGCGUUAAGCUGGUUUUCAUGCCUGUUUUGGCUUCAGCAGAUGGAUAAUGAGGAGCGCUGGAGAGGAUGAAGGGUUAAAAUGCGGCCGGGGAAACCUGACGCUAAUUAGAUCUCCGGAAUACCACUCAGACACUGAAGUGCAGGGUCUCUGAGUGGGUCAUGUUCCAAUUCCUUUUAGUCCGACCGAACCCUGGAGCUGAAAGCUGCAUCAUGGUUUUGUUUGGAAUGGGGAUUUAAUCUGGAAAGCUGUAAAUAACUGUUUCUUAUUGCUAAAUGCAAAAUGGUCUUACUUUUCCUGGCGGUGCUGCUCUCCAUGGACAGCGUGGCGCCCGCUUUGGGGGAUUUCUGCCGGGGGUCGCACUGCUCUGGCGGGGGAACGGAGGAUCCAAGACCGUGUACAGGCGCGCAGUGUCCAGGGAGCAGAUCCUCCAGGCUCCCCCGGCAGUUCAACCCAGCGCCGCAGUGGAGAACCGGACACGCAGCGGCCACCCCGCACCAUGCGCACCCGAGCCCGCAGAGAGCGCCUCUGGAGACCGACCCGCACGGCGGUGGCGGCGGAUGCUCCGACACGGGCUGCGCCCGGAUCCGGCUCCAGCAGCCCCGGAAUGAAUCCAGAGACUGCCGGGGGAUCGAGUGCCGGCUGCCGCUGAGGAUCCGGCCCAAAGUCCGGGGGGGUUCCUGCGUGGGAGAGGAAUGCUCGGCCGCGGGGGAGGCGGACAUGUCCUCGGUCUACCUGUCCGACAGAGCCGCGCAGUUUCUGGGAGACUAUCCGGAGUUUGGACAUGCAGCCUCGGAGCUCGGCGGGGCUCCGCUGGGAGUCCAGCUCACAUGUGACAUAAAGCCAGGGGAGAAUGAAGUCCCUUCAGAAGACGCCCUCAUCCUGCACCUCCAGCUGGCCAAGGGGCAGGAGAAGCUGGUUGAAGCCCUCCGAGCCCAGCAGGUCGUAAUCCGUGACCUGCAGCAGAAGCUCGUCGACCAGCAGGAGGCGCUGCUGUCGCAGCAGCGGGACGUCCUGCAGCAGCAGCGGCACAUGUACGAGCAGAUGGAUGCGGUGAAAAACCAGUUCGGCCAGCUGCUGGAGACGAUCAAGCAGGCCUCCUUCCGGGGCCUGCAGGGGGAGCUGCAGAGCUACUUCGAGAAUCACUUGGCGGGACUGCAGAGUCAGGCCCGCAGCCAUCUGCAAAAAUCCUACGCUGUGCAUAAAAUGGACAUUGACUCCAAAGUGAUGGAUGUUGUGGGAGAGACUCAUUUCCCGCAACCUCUGCGUGGCUGCCGAUCGCCCUGCGGAUCAGAGGAGUUCUGUGAUUUUCAGAGGGAUCCACCGCAGUGUGAGAAAUGCACCAUGUGUCCGCCGGGCUUCUUCCUCAUCGCGCAGUGCUCACAAACUGCAGACAGAAUGUGCCAGGACAGAGACGAAUGUCUUGAACUACCACAGAUUUGCGGAGAGCGAGUGAAGUGUCUCAAUACUCCUGGUGGUUUCAAGUGUUUGGGGGUUUCAGAGAGAAAAGCAGUGACGGGUCUUUGUGGUCCUGAAUACUUCUACAACCAGGAGCUCCAGGAGUGCCAAGCCUGCUCAGAUUGCGAUGGGGAGCCUUUGGUCGCCCCUUGCACAGCCAUUAGCGACGCAGUCUGCGGCCAGAUUUCAGAGAACCAACUCUCCCAGAUCUGGAUGGCAAAGGUGACGCUACCUCCUGCAGGUACGUCUAGCACCCACAUCUUUCCUGGUCUGCAGCUCAACAUCCGAGGCAAAGAGAGCAGCAGACUUCUGUCCAACGAGAGUGGAAGAGUGACAUUCCUCCAGCACGGUCUGGUGUGGCUGGAUCAUAACUUUGCUAUAAAGCACAGCUGCAGGAACUUCCUCCAGGUCGGGAUGAGACUCAACAGGAGCCAGGAAGAAGAAGGUCAGGACCUCAGCGGCGUCCGCAUCGAGCAACCGGAUGGGAAGUACUUCCAGGGGGUGAGCGUCAGUAUUGGCGUGGAGGUUGAACCCAAUCACAUCUUCACUCUGCUGCUGAAGAGUCCCAACCAGCACUGCAAUCAGAGCAAAGACCUUCAAGUUUUUGAUGUUCCCACCCCGUCUCUGAGUGUCCUCUGGUUGUCUCAUGAUACCGGUGCUGUUGCCAUGAUGGCCCAGAUGUCCCUGCUGGCGCACUACCAAACCAGCUACCGCCCGACUUUCCGCAUCACGACAGUGUCCGACCCUUACAUGGUCAGCCUGACUCACGAUAGCCGUGGGGUGCGCUUCACGGAGAGCGGAGUAGUGAAGUUUGUCAUUCAGCAGGCUCUUUACUCCAUGGGUCACACCUGCGUUCGCGAAGGUUUCUCCCUGAUCACCUACACCACCCGGAACACCACUGGACUGAAGAUGAUGCAAGCCUUCAAGACGGGUGUGAACUACAGGGAUACUUCCAUCGCGCUCUCUGGCGCAGUGACAGUAGAGAGCAAAGACAUCCUCACUUUUGAGAUCACGUCUCCGUCGCAGUGCAAUAUCCGGUACUUUGGGGACAGCACCGGGAUCAGUAUCUUGAGUCUGAUCUGGAUUCCCUCGGCUGUGUCGUCAGCCUUGACCGCCACAGUUUCACGGACCGGUCUUCCCUCCGGAGCCGUCAGGAAUAAACCGCUGUUGUUUCAGCAGAUCAGCCCGGAUACGCCGCAGGUCCAUCUGGCUCGCUCUGGGGACUCAAACGCCAGAAGGAACUUCGUCUUUCAUGAGCAGGGUACAGCAAACAUUGCCCUCAACCUCAAACUGAUCCACUCAUGUAAUAUAGUCAAACUGACUCUGCAGAGGGUCGGAGGUCAGCAGGCCGGUCCUGUGGCUCAGCAGGUGUCUGGAUCAAUGCCUGAAGGCAGCGAGUGGACUAGCAUCGGGCUGAGAGCCUCUUUUCAGGUCCAGAAUGGCACAGCUGUUUAUGUUACUCUGGACUGUAUCAGAGGACGUGUAAACCAAAUAACACAAGAGGGUGGCACAAAUAUUUCAAUUCUCUGGGUCGCUCUGUGAUCCAGGAGGAUGGAUUUCUACCAUUUUCAGGAAAUAUUUUGUGAAAACUCAAAGAUUUUUUUGUGCUAUGUAGUAGUGCUGGACGAUAUGGCUGAGAAACUUACCAUAAUAUAAGCAUUUUAUAUCAGUCAAUAUCGAUAAUCAUUAAUUAGUUUUUUGUUUUAAGUAUCUGAAAUGCUGCCAAACUGAUGCCGUCACUUUAUCCACAGUUUUCACAUCGCGCUGUUGUCUUUUUUUUUGAGUGGCGGAAAUUUAAACUGUUGCUGCACAAGUGACUCAGCAGGUUGUUGCUAGGUAACCACAGAGCGAGUGUGUUAGUUGAUUCCACUAACAUAGCUUAGCUAGCUGUGAGAGCUUGAAGAGCUAGCUAAGGUAGCAGCUAACUCAAAAUCUCUGCCUACAUAUCCCAGAAUGCUAUGCGGUUCUGGGUCGGACUUCAGUGAAUAUUCUACAUAUUGAAUAUUCUAUCAAACAUAUUAUCUAUUGAUAUUGAUCACGUGUCUUUAGCGAUAUUGUUGUUGAUUUAUUGUCCACCAUCCCUUUUUACUAAAGUAUGAAUAUUGACUGAAAUUUUGCUUUAAAUUAAUGGUUUUCCACUUGUUCAAGCAUUUAUAUUUUGGGAGUUUGUUCAAGUGAUGCUUUUUCCUGAAGUCCUUCAGCUGGUUGAAAUGUGACCAAUUUAAAAUCUGAGUGUUUUCAUAUCUGUCAGACUGUGUGCAUACAGUGAGUGAGCCUUGAAUAUAUUGUAUGUAAACAAUCAUUGAUAGGCUUUAUUUUCUAAUAAUGUAUUGAUAAUUCAAUUUUUAUAUAUUUUUUAUUGCAGAAUAUUAUAUUUAAUGUAUCUUUUGUAUGUAUGACUUUAAAGAUAAGGUACACAAGGGCUUCAGUUCUACUCUAUAGUUAAAAAUGUUCAUUCUAGUCAAUAUUAAUGAAAACAGUGUUUAGAUGCCAUGUACAUUUAUUUACACAGAAUAAGUUCUUGUUCUCUCUGUUAGAUUUUUGGUCACCUAAAGUGAAUUGAAACAGCA